AUGACCCUCCCGCCGCUUCUCGCCGGGCAGGUCUGCGCCGUAACUGGUGGGCUCACCGGGAUUGGGAGAGCCAUCACCAUCCUCUUCCUGUCGCAUGGCGCCAAAGUGGCGAUAAAUUACCUGGCUUCACACAACAAAGAUGAGGACCAGCUCCUCACGUCUCUCCGCACGGACGCAUUCGACGCCAUAAAAGCCAGGAGGUCGGCGGCGGCGGCGGCAACGGCAGGGCUCUACAACCUCGAGGAUGUGCCACUGUUGACCGUACUGGGAGACAUCUCACUGCCUGAAACGGGCCAGUCUCUCGUGGAGCAGACGGUCGCCAAGUUCGGGCGACUCGACACCUUCGUCUCCAACGCCGGGAUCUGCAAUUUUGAGGAAUUCCUCGACAUUACUCCCGACCUGUACCAAAGCCAUGUGAACACCAAUUUGUCCGGCGCUUUUUACGCGGUCCAGGCGGCCGCCCGGCAGAUGACCCGGCAGACACCACAGGGGGGCAGUAUCAUCGGCAUCUCAAGCAUUUCGGCGCUGGUUGGAGGCGCCCAGCAAUGCCACUACACGCCCACCAAGGCCGGCAUCCUGAGUCUCAUGCAGUCGACCGCCACGGCGCUGGGGCGGUAUAACAUCCGUUGUAAUGCACUUCUUCCGGGCACGAUCCGCACGCAGCUGAAUGAUGACGAUUUGAAGGAUGGGAGUGACAAGAAGCAGUACAUGGAGGGACGGAUUCCUCUGGGAAGGCUGGGCAAGCCGGAUGAUCUGGCGGGGCCGGCGCUCUUUCUGGCACAUGGAGAGUUGAGUGGCUACGUUACCGGCGCGGCAAUUUUGGUGGACGGCGGCGCGUUCGUGAAUUUUCAGUGA